GCCCCGCCAUGGCUGCUGCCACCAUGCAGGAGAAUAACACUUUCUUGCUGUCGGCCCUGCAGCCCGAGGCCGGCGUCUGCUCGCUGGCCUUGCCCUCGGACCGGCAGCUGGACGGCAGGGGCCGAGAGGCGGAGGAGGCCCAGCGGCUGCGCAGCGCCCGCGUCCAGGAGCAGGUCCGCAUCCGCAUGAUGCUGCGGGGGCAGGCGGCCGCCCGCCCCGAGCCCCCCGACAUCGCCGACGGCAGAGGCAGUCAGUACGGCACCACCCUGCACUCCUCCUUCAGCUCCCGCUCCCAGAGCAAUGGCUUGGAUGCCAAAGCCUCGCUCUACCAGCCGCUGGCCAAGAAGGAUUUUGGCACGCUGAAGGGCAGCAGCUGGUCCUCGCGCUCGGCGGUGGACCUCACCCCGCACAAGCGGAUGGCGACCAUCAGUAACGGGGGCCUGGCGAAGGGCCGGGGCUACGGCACCGGAUACGCCAUGUCGCAGGUGGCCAACACCUCGCCGCGGCCCAACUCCUUCCACGAGCGCAACUACCGCUCCCGGCAGAACUUCGACACCCUCUCGCUGCGCUCCCUGCGGCUGACCGACGGGCCGCUCCCACCCACCGCCAUGGCCGACGACCGCUACAGCGUCAUCUCGGAACAGCUGGACCCCGUGGGGCACCGUCCCCUCUACAAAAGCCAAGGCAACGGCGGCUUCGCUCGCUCCUACACGUUUGAGAGGCAGAUGAGCGCUGGCUCGGCCACCAAGGCCGCCUCCGAGUGGCUGGAGGGGGGCGAGGUGACCCAGAGCCGCACCAUCCGGGCUCCUGCCAUGCGCACCCUCCAGCGCUUCCAGAGCAACAACCGCUCCCGGCUGAGCACCGGCUCCUUCGGCGGCGUCCCGGUGGCCUCGCAGGUGGGCGUGGGGGGCUCCUACCUGGGGAUGGUGGAGCACAGCUCCCGCGCCCCCUCUGUGCGCAGCCUGGCCGAGUCCAGCCACCACCUGCAGGACCAGCGCUCCAUGGAGAUGUACAACGGGCACAGCACGCUGCUCAGCCACCAGUCGGGGGGGUUUGAUGACAUCGACCUGCCCUCUGCAGUGAAAUACCUGAUAGCCAGCGACCCCAACCUGCAGGUCCUGGGUGCUGCCUACCUCCAGCACAAGUGCUACAGCGACAGCAACGCCAAGAAGCAGGCCCGCAGCCUCCAGGCCAUGCCCAAGCUGGUGAAGCUGUUCAACAGCCCCAACCAGGAGGUGCAGCGCCAUGCCACCGGCGCCAUGCGCAACCUCAUCUAUGACAACGUGGAGAACAAGCUGGCGCUGGUGGAGGAGAACGGCAUCUACGAGCUCAUGCGGACGCUGCGGGAACCCGAUGACGAGCUCCGCAAGAAUGUCACAGGGAUCCUGUGGAACCUCUCCUCUAGUGACAACCUGAAGGAUCGCCUGGCCCGGGACACACUGGAGCAGCUCACAGACCUGGUCCUGGUCCCCCUCUCCGGGCUGGGGGGCUCGGGUGUCAUCCAGCAGAACCCCUCAGAGGCAGAGAUCUUCUACAACUCCACAGGAUUCCUCAGGAACCUGAGCUCUGCCAGCCAGCAGACCCGGCAGAAGAUGCGCGAGUGCCAUGGACUGGUGGACUCCAUGAUCCACUACGUCAACAGCUCCCUGGAAGUGGGCAAGUCCGAGGACAAGAGUGUGGAGAACGCCGUCUGUGUCCUGCGCAACCUCUCCUACCGCCUGUACGACGAAAUGCCCCCCUCCUCCCUCCAGCGCCUGGAAGGCCACAGGAGGAACAACAGCAGCACAGUGACGGGGGAGCUGGUGGGCUGCUUCAGCCCCCAGAGCAAGAAAGCACGAGAGCACUACAUGAACGCAGACAUCGUCACCUUCACGGAGGUCUCCAAGGACCCCAAGGGCAUGGAGUGGCUCUGGAACCCACAGAUCGUGGGCAUCUACAACCGGCUGCUGCAGCGCUGCGAGCUCAACAAGCACACGACAGAGGCAGCCUCGGGCGCCCUGCAGAACAUCACCGCCGGGGACCGCAGGUGGGCGGGCGUGCUGAGCCGGCUGGCCCUGGAGCAGGAGCGCAUCCUCAACCCCGUGCUGGACCGCGUCCGCACCGCUGACCACCACCAGCUGCGCUCCCUCACCGGGCUCAUCCGCAACCUCUCCCGCCAUGCCCGCAACAAGGACGAGAUGUCAACCAAGGUGGUCAGCCACUUGAUCGAGAAGCUGCCGGGGAGUGUCGGGGACAAGUCACCACCUGCUGACGUCAUCGUGAACAUCAUCGCAGUCCUCAACAACCUGGUGGUGGAGAGCCCUAUGGCCGCCCGCGACAUUGUCUACUUUGAUGGCCUCAGGAAGCUCUUCUACAUCAAGAAGAGAAGGGACAGCUCGGACAACGAGAAGUCCUCCAGAGCGGCAGCCAGCCUCCUGGGCAACAUGUGGCAAUACAACAAGCUCCACCGGGACUUCAAGAUGAAGGGGUACCGGAAGGAGGACUUCCUCAGCCUGUGAGGACAUCCCUGGGCGACGGACUGCCCGGCCCUGCCUCUCCCCGCCGGGAUGCCCCCUGGCUGCCGGCCCUGCCCUGGGGAUGCUGCUCCGUAGCGUAGUCCCCCCUGUGUCUCUCCUGCCCCCCUCUGCCACCUCCCCCUGCCCCGGGCUGGGGGACGCUUGUCCUCCCUCCUGCCGCAGCCUUGAACCCAGCGUCUGCUUUUGGCUCUGCUGCAGGGACUCCAAGUAGUAGGGGGCUGCGGGUGCUCAGCCCCCGGGGACGCUUCCCGCUCCUGGGGAGCUGCUGCGAAGCUCGGCCUGUCCCAGGGCUUGGCAGAGGGGCAGGAGCCUCCUGCAGAGCAAUGCUGGUGGGGAGGGGGGCUUCUGGGAGCACCCGAUCCCGGCUCCCCCGAGUCACAGCACCCCGGGGGCUGGGAGGGGGCCGGUGUGGGGCUCACGGUGGGUUACACACGCUCUGCCCGGGCUGGGUGGGGAUGGGGCUUUGCAGAGCUCGGUGGGGGUGGAGGGGCUGUGGGAGGUCUGAGGUGGCUUCCCACAUUUUUAUGGGGUGGCCCCGCGGCCCUGAGGAGCUGGGAAGCGGCAUUGGUGACGUGGUGCCAAGUCCCCCCUUUGUCAGGGGUGGGUGGGGUGUCUCUGAGACUGCCCCUGCCCUCUCUGCCAGCAGCUGGGGGGUGUCUGAGCCCCUCUGUCCCCAUCCCUACACCCAGCAGGGACUGUCCCUGUGCGGGCAGAGCUGCUCCUGCGUCUCCUUGCCGUGGGCUCUGCUGAGGGCUGGGCCUGGCCGGUGCUGCGCCAGCGGGAUUUGGGCAGGGCCAGGUGGCCGGUGUCUGCCAGGCAGCAUCUGCCCACGGGUGGGGAGAUGCCCUGGGUGCCCGGUGCAGUGGGGUGGCGGGUCCAAAGCUCUCCCUGCCAUGGCAGCGGGGGCCAGGCCAGGGCGCAC